UGACAAGCUGGAGUACUACACCAGCGCUGCAUUUACCUCAGACAUUUAGUUGCCCUGCUUGUUCAGCUCAUUCUGCGUAACUUAUUUGAAUAUAUUCCAUUAAUGUUACGCGUUUGAGAAGACUUAAAGCGAGUUACAUUUUAGUUGCUGGGAAACAAACAGUAUGUCAGCUGUUAGCCGAAUUGCAAAUGCCAUGUGGCGUAACGUUAACUUUAAGCGACAAUAUCCUUGAAUGUGGAGACAGAAAGCGGUUUUAAACAGUGUUUGUUUACCUGUAACAGUACAGAAGAUUAUUUGCCUUUCGCAGCAUGUCUUACUUGGAGUGGGCUGAGUCUCAGCUUGCAGAGAUAGAGCUGCUGACAAGCAUGUUUCCCACCCAGGAAGAGCUGGAGAUGACAGACCAGCUGGCACUCGCUGAGCUCAGGGGCUAUGUGGAGUGCUCAGACUCAACAGACAGACCUCCACCUUCCAGACCUCAGUUUCUCAUCAAACAGAAGCUGGACAGUUCAAGCAUGGAGAGGAUGGAUGUCAUUUUAUCCUGUGCUUAUCCAUCCGAAUAUCCCAGUGUCUUACCAGAGAUAACAGUCCGGUGUACUGGUCUGAGCAGGGCCCAGCAGACACAGCUCCAUGCAGAUCUCAACGCAUACCUCAUGGAAAACUGCCAGGGGGAAGUGUGUGUGCUCUCUGCUGUGGACUGGGUGAAAGACAACCUGCAGCUCUUCAUUAAUAAGAGCUUAACAGCAGCACCAGCUCUAAAGAAAGAGUCUGCCUCUCCGUGGCCACAGGAAGUGUUCAGCAGACUGUGGAUUUACAGUCACCACAUCUACAACAAGGUGAAGAGGAAGAACAUCUUGGAGUGGUCCAAGGAGCUGGGCCUGUCAGGAUUUAGCAUGCCUGGGAAGCCUGGUAUUGUGUGUGUGGAAGGUCCUCAGUCUGCCUGCGAGGAGUUCUGGUCCAGAGUCAAGGUUCUGACAUGGAAGAAGAUCAUGAUUCGACAUAGAGAGGAUAUUCCCCUUGAUCGUCAGGGUGAGGACAGCAGGACUGUUCAAAGCAUAGACUCCCUGCGCAAAUUCACAGGCUUUGAAGAGGCAAUGUUUGACCCCCAUGGGAACAGAGGUAAUCACAUGGACCUUGGGCAGCUCUACCAGUUUUUAAAUGAAAAAGGCUGUUGUGACAUUUUUCAGAUAUAUUUUGGCGUUGAAGGGAGGUAGUGGUCACGCCUACAGAAUAAAUAUACAUAGGGGAACUGGUGCGAUGUCAUUGAAGUCACUUCAUAAGUGUUUACUUAAAAAUGUAAAUGCAUUCGACAUUGUUAAAGCUUUUUUUUGUCUCACAUGCAAGCACACAAAUGGAGUAAAGUAAAUGAACCACGUUUUUAAGAUCUGGGACUUCAUUAGGAUAAAAGGCAGAAAGAACAUUUCUGCAAUUUGAGAAACAGAGUCUUCACACAUUGUAGCUAAUAGGCAUAUAUUUCAAAACGAAGCACUAAAACUAGUUUUCUCAAGGACCUCAGUUAUAUUUGCAAUUUUAAUACUCCUGCAUGUGCCGCACAUCACACCUUGCCCUAGGUGUUUCUUUCCUCAGAUGGCACCACUGUGUAUUACUACCCGGCUAUUAUAGGAUUUUCAGGUCUGAUACCACAUUAAUAAUUGGACAACAUAGUCAACAACAUGGUAGAUAUCUGUUUAUGAAAUCUGUUGAUUUUCCUCUUAUGAAUUAUAGAUAACACAACCGUGGAAAGUCUCUCUCCAAUUUUCUUUGACUGAUUAGUUUUUAGAUAAAUUGUGCAUAAUUGUGGAUUACACUCUGGCAAUUAAAACUUGCUGUUAUUGAACAUGGAUCAAAUUUUUAGACACCAGAGUUCAGACUUUGUAAAAAAAAAAAAGCAAUGAUGCUGAAAAUCAGCAUAUUGUACUUUUUGUUACUGCCUGUUCAUCAGGACUGUGGUACUAGAUCUGUACUAGAUGACUUGGCAGAGUCCAGAUCAACAUAGAGUUAUAUGAUUUGAAGAAAUCACAAGGAUACACAACUUGAAGAUGAAGCCAAAGACAAUUCAGUAGUUUUAGGCACUGGAGUGAAUUUACUUCCAAAUGUGCCAGGUCUACAUUGCCCAGCAGAUGGCAUUCUAUAAUCAAAGUUGAAAUAUAUGGCAUCCUUAGACGUAUCCUGUUAUUUCUGGAUGUUUACGUGUUUAAACCUAAUAUAACACACAACCUGGAUUCCAAAAGAGCUGUAUUAAUAAAAAUUAAGCAAUAGUAUUAUAAUGAUUUGGCCAAAAUACUUCAACUGUUGGAUCAAAUAUGACUAUCAUUCCUGUUUUGAAAAUAUUUAACUUAACUUAACAUGAAUCAACAAUACAGCUUCAGAUGUCAUAAAACAUCUGUGGACUUAUACAUUUCGCAACAGAAAGACAGUAACAACAGUGAGGCAUUUCUUUUUAAAAGUGGUAAAAUAGCCCAGGGUCCUCUACAUUGUCUUGUUUUUGCAUCUUUUUAACAAUGAUUUAGCUUUUUAAAGCACAUAUCUGAGAAUUGCUGAUGAACAGAUGUGAGGUGCUCAUCCUGAUUUGAGUCCCAGUCCUUCUUUUGUCCGCUGGUGGUCCGGGUGCCGGCACUGUUCUGUCCUGCUCCUCCUGAUGUUACGAGUUCUCCCUUCGCUGUCAGAGAGGGGAUACGGACUCCUGACAGACUUCUAACUUGCCUCUUCAGUGGACUCAUCAGAGGAAUCGGUCUGUUUAUUGAGGGGAGUUCGACCCCCCAGGUGCGACUCCAGCUUGUCCCUCGGGACUUGAGUACUCGAAAUCAGGAUGAGCAGCCUCUUUCAUCUCCUCAUCCUGUGUUUGUGGGCCUAAUCUCUCGUUCAUUUAGCAUUACAACAGUAAGUAGAAGCCGAAUGAGUCGGUUGAUACCUGCAUCCUAACAGUACAGUGUUUGGCGAUGACUAAGCAUUGGUCCGUCCUAUAAAUAGCCAGCAUUGAUGCAAACUGGCAUGAGUUUAUUUUUACUUCUAACCUGGUAAACAACACACCCACCAGAGAGUAGGUAUCUGACAGAUUCAUCACUGACGUAAGGCUACAGAACAACCCAUCAGUGUUUCAAGGAAUUCCUUAAAUAUUAACAGAUUGAACAAAAAUACAUCAAACACAAGCACUAAAUGUUUAUAAAACACCCUAACGCACAAAUGAAUCAAACUAUUAAGUGAAUAUUUAGAUAUAUUCAUGACUGGAUUAAAGUGUGCAAUGGCUCUCAAUCAAUCAGUAUUUCUGCCGUAACCCUGCUGAGCAUCUGUGUAGUGUUUUGAUUAGCUGGACAUCACAUGAUAUGCCAUCAAAUGAGCUGACAUGAAGUUUGAAGAAUGCCUCUUUUCUAAAUUUCAGUAUAAUCUCUCGUGAUUUAAUGUUACAAUUUGCAUCAUUUCAUUAUAGCUUUGAUAAAGCAAUGACCAGUGGAGUAUGAACUGUCAACUUUUGUAAGA